GAGGCUCGUCGGCCGACCGGUGACCGUAGACGACGCGCUUUACGGCAGUGUGUUCAUUUGCAAAAUGGCUGAUCACAGGGAACGGGAUUCAUACUAUUCGCAAACAGACCUGCGCUCGAAAAAUGACGAUCCGCCGAACUCGCGACUCUUUGUCAUUUGCCACAAAAGUCUGGAGGAGGAUGACCUCAGGAAGGCCUUCGAGAAGUUCGGCAAGAUCGAAGACAUCUGGGUGGUUAAGGACCGUAACACGGGCGAGAAUAAAGGUGUUACGUACAUCAAGUUCUCCAAAACGUCAGAGGCGGCGUUUGCCCUCGAAGAGAUGAAUGGAAAGAUGCUGGGCUCCGUCGGUAGACCGAUCAAAGUGAUGAUUGCCUCGAAUCGGGACCAAGGUUCGGUGCGAGAGACGAACGAGGAGGAGAGGUGGGUUCGUUUGUUCUGUGUAUUGCCAAAGACGAUGUCCGACAGUGAGCUGCAACAGGAGUUCUCCAAAUUCGGCGCCAUCGAGUACGCCACUGUGGUGAAGGACCGUAGCACAAACGAGUCUAAGGGCUUCGGCUAUGUGAAGUUCAAGAAGGUGUCCAGCGCCGCCAGGGCGUUCGAGGAGUGCGAUCGAAAGUACAAGGCGGUCUUCGCCGAGCCGAAGAAGCCAAAACCCGAUCACAAUGACGUCAAGUAUAAUAACGGACUGUCUACCUCUUACGAUGGCUCUACCAGUACGUACGCGUCCUCAAACUUCGGCAAGAGCAGCAUCAGUCUGGAGAUCGCCACGAACUACCCCAACUCGGAAGGCUACACUCGUCUGCAGGUGAUCGCCCACCCAGCCUUGAAUCAGGAUCAGCUGUGGAAAUUGUUCGAUAUUGUGCCUGGUAUGGACUACUGUCACCUGAAGACCGACGUGAGAUACCGGAUGCCGCGGGGUCAGGCCGUAGUGGUGUACAAUAAUCCCAGUGCGGCGGCUUAUGCGCGCGAAAAGUUUCACGGAUUCGAAUACCCGCCCGGUCAUCGGAUGAUCGUCAAACCAGAUAUGACGGGCGCACCGUCGAAAAGCACGUCGAAACCAGGCGGCUCUACCACCGGCAGUACCGCCAGCGCGAGAACGGACCUGGCGCAUCUGGCGGAGACGAUUGCUCAAGCUACGUCGCUGAUUCAGGCUGCGGGAUUAACGGCACCGAGUUUAGAGCACACGAUGUGCGUGAAACUACCUCCAGUGCAGCCGAUGGCGAGUAUAGACGCCGAGGUAGCCAAGAGAUGCUUCAUCGUUUGCGGUCCACCUGUGCCACCCAUUUACGCCAUGAAGGACGCGUUCUGUAGGUUUGGAAAUCUCAUCGAUGUAUAUAUGUUACCCGGCAAAAAUUGUGGCUACGCCAAAUACGCUACCGUCGACAGCGCGAACGAGGCUAUUGAGAUGUUGCACGGCCAAGAGAUCUGCGGUUCGCGUUUGAAAGUACUGGAGGCGGAGGAGCGAAAUGUUGGUGAAGAUCGCCGAAAGAGAUUAAGAAUGGACGAGGACGAGAAUUGAGUCAGAGAUCGUUCUUACACGAGUAACUCACUGACUGGUAUACACAAGCCGGACGCACGCAACAAAAAGAGACGAAUUUAAAGACUCACUUGACCACGUGAAGGGCCUGGCAUCCAGGGAAACUACUCCAACUACCUACCUAUUUAACUGUUCGCUUACGUUCGCAACUUCAACGUUACUGAAACUUUAACUGCUACUCUACUACUACUACUUACUACUACACUACUACUGCUACUACAACAACUACUACUGCUACUAUUACUACUACUCUACUACUACUACCACUACUACUCUACUAUUCUAUUACUACUACUACUACUACUCUAUUACCACUACUUUUGUCCUCUUACAUGUUCGUUCACACACGACACAUCACGCGCGUGACGUCCCGUUUCGGUUACUUUAUAAGAGGCCUGUGCGAAGGGUUAAUAUUCGAGCGUUCGUUCGUUAUUGUGUACCUCUAGGAAGUGUGUGUAAAUCUCAUUUCUUGGUUAAAACCGUGCUUGUUUUCUAGUUUCAUUCUUUGUUAGAUAUGUUGAUUAUUGUCAGCUGGUUACUGUUGAUAUCAUCAUAUAGUUAAUUAUCCGAGUAGUUGAAAUAGAGACGUUUCAACUCAAUUCCAUAAGAACGAUAUACUUAGCAAAAAAUAUACGAUCGGUUAAUCGUUCGAUUAAUUGUAAAAAUACAAUAAUUCGUUGUAUUUUCUUUACGUUCAAUUUAACUUUAUAUUGUAUAUAAAGUGAAGAGAAACGAGACACGUACAUUAAGUGAUUAUUGUAAUGUAAUGAGCGUUCUUAUCGUGCAAGAAAUGUGUUGUUAAUACCACCUGUUCGCACAGGCUUAUUUUAGGAAUUAACCUGUGCCCUAGGUUUAGCGAAGAGAUCUUUUAUUUAUAUAAUUAAAUUUUCGAACACCAUGUACUUGUCUUUUAGUUGUAUUGCGUAUAAAAAGGAAGCAAAGUUACUUGUAUUUUACACAACAUUGACCAUUUUCACAACGAUCAGUGUUAAAAUGAUUAUGGAUGAAGGAACAGUAGUAACUCUCCAAAACAAGGUAUAUCCUUGAAAUAUCAGUACAAAUAUCCACUUCAUACGGAAUCGUUGCAACACAUGCCAGAAUAUUUCGUACUUUUUCGAUAAAAAAAGAAUUACAUACACGUGUUAUUUCGCAUGAUCACAUUCGAAAAAUUUGGAUUUAUCGAUACGUUUCACGAUAUGUUUCACGAACAUUGUAAUAUAUUCGUGCUUUUGAAUUAUAUGUACCUUUUACGCAAAAUGUCAUCAUUCGAAUUUUGAGGUAAUAAAGAUUUAGCGAGCAUUGCUCGUUUCAUACAAGAUAUUUUUUGUCAAUAGCGAUCGAGGACUCGUCGACAAAUUUGUAUCGAUCAUCUCGCCGACAUCGAUCGAGUUUUAAUACGGUUACUAAAUUUUAUAAAAAAUUCCAUCAUUCGACGAAGUGCAAUAUUAACUGUACCGUCGAUGGUCUCUAACAAAGCACGCGGGUACAUCUUGUUUUGGAAACGAUUGAUAUACGAAUAUAUGGAAGUACCGCCGACGUGUAUAACAUUCUUUAUGCCUAGCAGCGUAGGCUUACUGUUUACAGUAUUGAGAGAGAGAGAGAGAGAGAGAGAGAAAGGGAGAAGACCAUUUUUUUCCUGGUAAACCGAUACUUAAUUAUCCACCAUCACAAAACCUCGUCACACACUAGUGAUCGACGCACAACAUAAACGUUUUAUGAUGGACACUUUUGUACCACCGUUGCGUUAGACUCUCACUCUAUGACUGUACCGAAUAAUGUUCCAGGAGACUGUAACUGACUUGUUUUUCGUUUUUCUUUUUGAAAAUAUCAAAUACACAUGGAAUACGCAAAAACCCCACACCGACUAUUUCACUUGAUUUUUUUUUUUUUAUUCUCACUGCUUAUGGAACGGAAGUGUACGAUUAUUGUCACGUGGUUGAACCGAUUGUCUGUCUUGGUCUGACAUAUGUUCUUCUCGCUUUCAGGAUACCGCGAGGAUUCCAUGAAGCGCCGUACCUGAUGACUGUGAUACCAUUUCUAGCGACCUCUCCCGAUUGUAUGUCAUUUGUGCGUGCGUUUGUGAACGAGAUUCUGUGCCUUGUACAUCGCAUCCAUUUUAUAAUUAAACGAGCAGUGACGUAUUGCCUUUCUAUUCUUAAGAA